CCUCAUCCCAGGGCGAUGGGAAGAGACCGCCCAGGCAAACACACCAUCCUUCAGCUCACAGGUGGGGAAAUUGAGGCUCCUGCCCAGGCUGUGCGUGGCAGUCCCUCUGGUUUCCAGCUGGACCCUGGCUCCCACUUCCUCUUCUAUCCACUGGUGAGCUGCCCGCUCCUCCCUACCGUGAGUCCUCAAGAGAAGACCCCUGCUGCCAGCUCCUGCUUGGAUGCCCGGAAGACACCUGGCCCUCCACCUGCUGCACGACCCAGCCCAUGGAAGGCCCUUCAGAGACUCGGCGGCCGGCACCCCUUGGAGUCCUGUGCCCACCAGGUGCUGCCCUCUUCCUCUGCUACUCCCUGGCUGCCCUUGCCUCCUACCUGCUGGAGGUGGCCAGCCAUGUCCUGGUGAUCCGAGUGGCCGGGCCCUGCCUGCCUCCCAUGCUCUCAGCUGCCUGGUUCGGCCACCAAGCCAUAACCGACGUUGCCUUCAUGGUCCUCCUGCCGCUGGUCCUCACCUGGACACCUUCCGGCUGGCCCCUGGGUGGCACCUUCUGCCACCUGGACCCCGGCCUCGCCUUCCUGACCUUCUAUGCCAGUGGCCGCCUGCUGACCCGUGCGGCUGCUGACUGCUGCUGCUGGGCUCUCUGGCCAGCCUGGGCGCUGAGCCACCGCUCCGCCCGCCAGGUGGUUCUCUGGGCCGGUGGCUUCUGGCUCCUCCUGCUGGUCCUGGGCGUGCGGGCCCUGCGAGCCCCUCGGGGCUGGGUGGCCCAGGGUGAGCUUCCUAAUGGGACCUCCUCCCAGGAGCCGCCCCCCCUCUCCCCCGACCUGGCACUGAAUCAGCUGGUAUUUGGCUUCGGGGUGCCUCUGGGGGUCCUGCGUGCCUUCCACAGCCUUUUGAAGGCCAAGCUGUGCCUGGCAAGGCUCACGGGGAGGCCCCCGCUGCUGGGGCUGCCCUGGGCCUUGGGGACCAUGUUGUUUCUCUGCUGGUUCCCCUUCCACCUGCUGCUGCUGGUGAGGCUGCUGGGGGCUCGGGAGGCCGGGCUGGGCACAGAGGAGGUCUGGGUGCUGCUCGGGCCCCUGGGGCUCACCCUGGUGGGGGCCAGCGGCUGCCUCAACCCUCUGCUGUACUGGUGUGGGCACCAGAGCUUCAGGUGGUGGCUGCUCGGGCCCCUUGUUCCUCCUGCCCAGGUGGAGGGUCUGAGGAGGAGACAGGGCCGGGCGCUGGGGAUGGAGACCCGGCCCUCCUGUGAGAGUCUGAGGGAAAGUCCUGAGGGGUUGCAGCGAGGGGGAGGAGGGGGUCUUGCCACCUGUCCAUCCUCUGGAGAAUGGGGGACGUUGAUGUAG